AUGAGCCCGAGGCUCGAACUGGGCGGAUUGCAGCACAGACCUAAUCUGGACAAUAAAGCACUGUCGCAUAAAAUCGGGUACUCCAACGCGGUAAUGCUCGAGUUUGCGCACGUCGGCAAGACUUUUGGCGACCCAUCCACGUCACAUGACUCUGCACGACAGCAGUCAAGUGACAAGCCAAGGUAUUUCGCGCGCUCUUUAAUAGCUGACAGAUUUGAGUUCAGCUCGGAUUUCUUUUUCACCAUAUCAGCGAGCUCCAGGGAGGGGCGAAAGCGAAAUUGGCCUAUGGCGGGGCUACGCGACUUUCGGGAUGAUUGGACGACUUAG